UCGGAUAUGUAUCACAGCUCCUAACUUUGCCAUGCUCCAAUUGAGAACUAGAUUGAAGCAGGGAUGGAGUGCAGCUAUCUUUACCCCCCUUCAAGGUCUCAUAUGCUGACAAUUUUGGUGUCAAACUCGGAUAAGAGAGUGCCACAUCAUCAAAGAUCUCAGAGCUUGCCAACACUUGUUGAACUCUAUCAGAGAGAUUUACGCAUACUCGAUCUGCCUAUUCAUACAUGAAGACAAACAUGGCCUACUUAUUCCACAAGAAACCAAAAAGCAAAAGCGCUUGAAAAACAGGUGCUCUUGGCAUUCAAUCCAACGUUUCAUUUGCUGCUUCGACUGCCAACACGCCAACUAAAUGUCAAUCCAUUCAUGUGGGUAGUUAGUGACUCGUGGUCCUGAGCCUGCAAACCUGGAAGUGGGAUUUCCGCUCUUUUUCUCCUCACCUAUUUCAGCUUUUACAACAGAACAAUAGAGGUAGAUACCACAAGUUUUAACAAGGAACUUUAAAUUGCUGCCUCUGCAGAUAUUGCUUUGGGAAAAAUACGGUAUGACAUUACUGAAUUUGUGAUUUGAAAUUAAAGACACUUUGUGAUUAGCAUAUCAUUAUUCCAUAUACGCAAGGUUUGAAUUUGAUAUAAACUCUUUGAGUAGUUAGAGGAAACAUAAAAGAAGUGUCUUCCAUGGAUGCUCUGGCUUGGAAAACUGUGACAGGUAUUGGUAGAGAAGGUUGCAUAGGCACAAAAUCAAGAAAUUAUUCUACUGAUAAGAGUGUACCUUUUGAAUUGGGAUUAAAAUGUCAGCCUUCUGAGGCUAAUUUCAAGUUUUGCAAAAAUCCCAAAUUCUGUCCUCCUAUUCCUCCUUUGUUCUCACCUCCGUUACUUUUUUCUGAUCCUCUAAAAUUUAUUUGGAUUAACAAAACGAGUGAGGAGGACGGGGAAGAAGGCGCUAAACAUGAGCUAAAUACGGACGAGAGCUGUGAUGGGUUCAAUUCCUCAGAAAGUAGGGUUGUGAAAACUUCCCAACAAAUCAACGAAUCUAAUGAAGAGGAAGGGGAAGAAAGCGCGGGGUUGAAUGGCCUUCUUAGUUCUGAUGAUUCACAGACGAAGCUUGCUGAUCAAAGUCCCGCAAAGUUAAAAGAAUCCCAUGACAGCUCGGAGGCUCAAGCCAGUCAAGGCAACUGUAUCUCACCUAAUGAUGAGAACGGGCAAGAAAACCCUGAUGAUCCCGAUCAAACAAGUCACGCCAAUUGGGUUGGGAGAAUAAUAGAGUUAGGAUAUUCUUGGAAAGAAGAGAAGAAAUGUGAUCCAAAAUCGUCUUCAAAUGGAGCCUCCAGCUCGAAGAGAGAACCCUGUUUGCCCCAAGAGAUUGAUUGCUCCUCCGGUAAUAGUGACCCCAGUCAUCAGGUCUACAGUUGCAAAGGUCAUGAGGAUUUUUCGUGUUAUCUGAGUAAACAAGUAUCUAUCAGUCCAGUAACUGGCGACAGGGAUUCCUUCUCUAGGUUACUGCAUCCGGUAUCUUUGCCAGAUACAAAGCUUUACGCCCAGAUGUCAUUUCUCUGUGACCAGGCGUAUUCAAUUUCUCUGAUUAAGCCAGCAGAACUGUGGAAGUCCUAUCGACUCCGUUAUGUUACUUCAUCCUUGGAUAAGACAGCUGAAUCAACUGCUAAAGUUGCGAGUUCCAUGUCAACUACAAACACUGGCUUGCAAUCACUGUCAAUCUCUUCUGAGACAAGAGAAGAAGACAACUCUAAGGACAAUGAUGGAACUAACUCUAGGCCCUCUGUAAGCCCUAGGGUGGCUUAUGAGAUAGCUGCAUCUGCAGCUUCUUAUAUACAUUCACAAACAAAAUGCAUCCUACCCUUUAAAUCCCAGGGAAGAAAUGAGGCAGACAACAAUGAAAAUUUGAAUACUGGGACAAAACAGGAUGGAGCAACAGACACAGAUAAUAACAGGGUGAAUAAUGAAACUGAGAAGGAUGCAGAAGAUACUCUGUUGGUAGAAAGAACACCUUAUAGAGAUAAUCAGCAGACAUUUUCCAAUUCACAAGCUGAGUCUAGUAAGCUCUCCAGCAUGUCCAAGCCAGAGAUGGCUGCAAUUGUAGCUACCUCAUCGGGCAACACUCAAGAGGAUACAAAACAAGUGGAGCAGUCAUUACAUCCUCCUCCUCCUCCUUGUGAGUGGUUUAUAUGUGAUGAUAACAUAAGGCAAACCCGCUACUUUGUUAUUCAGGGAUCCAAUUCAUUAGCCGCAUGGCAAGCAAAUUUGUUUUUUGAACCCACACAAUUUGAGGGCUUUGAAGUUCUCGUGCACAGAGGAAUUUAUGAAGCUGCCAAGGUAAUGUAUGAACAAAUCUUGCCCAAGAUUCUCUCUCAUUUGAGAAGACAUGGAGAGGAUGCAAAAUUUAGAUUCAUAGGUCACUCUUUAGGAGGAAGUCUUUCAUUGCUUCUAAAUUUGAUGCUGCUCAUAAGAGGGGUGACCUUGAAAACAUCACUUUUACCAGUUAUAACAUUUGGUUCACCUUGUAUUAUGUGUGGAGGAGACUACCUGCUCCAGAAAUUAGGUUUGCCCAACAAACAUGUACAGGCUGUUAUGAUUCACAGAGAUAUUGUGCCCCGUUCCUUUGCAUGCAAUUAUCCAGAUCAUGUCGCAGAAGUUUUGAAGAGGGUAAAUAUUAGCUUCCGAGAUCACCCUUGUCUUAAUUUCCAGAAAAUUUUGUAUGGAUCCAUGGGUCAGCUGUUGAUCUUGCAGCCAGAUAAGAAAAUCUCUCCUCCUCAUCCAUUACUUCCUUCUGGCUGUGGUUUUUAUGUACUCCAUCACAUAAACCAGGAUAAUAAGGAACAUGAGAAUGAGCUUUCCCACACGCUUCAAGUUCAGGCUGCUCAAAGAGCCUUUCUGAACACUCCGCACCCACUUGAAAUUCUUAGUGAUCGGUGUGCUUAUGGUCCCGAGGGAUCUAUAUCUAGAGAUCAUGAUUCAAGUAAUUAUGUGAAAGUCAUCAAUUACAUUCUUCAGCAACAUCUAAGAAAGUCGCGAAGGGAGCAAAGAAGGCAGGUAUGGUGGUCUUCAGUUACUGCAGAUUCACCAAUGUCUUCGAAGAGACCCUCCAAAGCAGCUAAGGGGGAGAGUAAAAUGUCUGAAGAUUUAACAAGCACCUGCAAAUAAGGUGUGUUGAGGUUCUGCAGUCUUCGUAGUGAAUGCUUCUUUGAUGUAGUUUGGUGGAAUCUGGAUAUGAUUUAGUUCAAGUGUUUCAAAAAAUCUGUAUGAUUUAUCAACAUUAGCUAGAGAAAUGAUUUAAAUCAUUAGGUUUCUAAUGACAGCUCCAGGCAGGAUUGUGGAGCACAUUAUUGCCUGCAAAACAUGUCAUAUCAUGUGCAAGAUUGCUAGCUUUAUGCACAGUGAUGUUUUGCAGUCAUAACAAUUCUUUUACUUGUAAAUAACAUGGAUAAAUUCUUUGUACUUGUAAAUAACAUAGACGAAUUCUUUGUACUUGUAAAUAAUGCGCCUUGAUGAAUUCUUU